CUAAUAUAAUAACAUAAGAAAAUCGACUUGUGCAUAUGAGUUGAUGCAAGAGCCACAUAGGAGAGUCAUCCAACUCCUCACAAAUUUAUCUUUUGCCUUUUCAUGGUGGAAACUUGAAAAGUGACACCCCAAAUUCCAUAAUCAAGGAUAACUAAUCUUCAUUAUCUGGUAAAUAUUCAUAAGAUACCAUCUUUCAAUUCAAGUUUUGAUUUUUAAUUAUACUUUUUUCUGUAUAUCAUUUUGUUUAUGAAAUGGGGUUCUACUUUCACUUCUGUUAGUUUUUUUUUUCUUUUCUUCCUGAGUUUUUUCUCCAAUUUUUUGAGUGUAAUUGAGGAUUUGGAAGAUACCCAGUUGGGAUUAUUGUCCCUUUUAAACUUUUUUUGGAAAAAUAAAUGGGUACUUUGCUUAAAAUUCAUAGCAAAUUUGAGAUUUGUAACCCUAUACUACUAGGGUUUCCUGAGAAAUGGUCUAAUUUGAGUGUUUUAAAGGGUCAAAAGCACUAUACAAUAAAAUCCUAUAAAAAAUGGUGCAAAAUUGGAAUAGUUAAAGCUAGUAGUAGCACUCUUUUGGAGCUUGUUCCUGAGACUAAGAAAGAAACCCUAGAAUUUGAAUUGCCUUCAUAUGAUACAUUAAAGGGCAAAUUGGUAGAUCUUGCUGUUGUAGGAGGUGGGCCUGCUGGACUUGCUGUUGCACAGCAAGUUUCGAAGGCAGGUCUUUCGGUUUGUUUAAUUGAUCCUUCCCCUAGAUUGAUUUGGCCUAAUAACUAUGGUGUUUGGGUAGAUGAAUUCGAAGCCAUGGAUUUGCUUGAUUGCCUUGAUACUACUUGGUCAGGUGCUGUCGUUUUCAUUAACGAGGGUUUGAAAAAGAAUCUCGAUAGGCCUUAUGGGCGAGUUAAUCGAAAACUAUUGAAAUCGAAAAUGAUGCAAAAAUGUAUAUCAAAUGGGGUGAAAUUUCAUCAAGCAAAAGUUAUGAAAGUCACCCAUGAAGAAACAAAAUCUUUACUUAUAUGCAAUGAUGGCGUUGCGGUUCAAGCUUCUAUCGUGUUGGAUGCAACGGGUUUUGCUCGAAGUUUGGUGCAAUACAAUAAGCCAUAUAACCCGGGUUACCAAGUUGCUUAUGGGAUUUUGGCUGAAGUUGAAGAACACCCUUUUGAUGUGGAUAAAAUGUUGUUUAUGGAUUGGAGGGAUUCUCAUUUGGAUGGUAACUUGGACUUAAAAUCGAGAAAUAGUAGGAUCCCGACCUUCCUAUACGCCAUGCCUUUCUCCUCGAAUAGAAUAUUCUUAGAGGAAACUUCUCUUGUUGCUCGACCAGGAUUGGCUAUGGAAGAUAUACAACAAAGAAUGGAAGCUCGGUUGAGGCAUCUUGGUAUUAAAGUAACGCACAUUGAGGAGGAUGAACGGUGUGUGAUCCCUAUGGGAGGAACCCUUCCUGUGAUCCCCCAACGCGUUGUGGGAAUCGGUGGGACUGCUGGUAUGGUGCAUCCUUCGACUGGAUAUAUGGUUGCGAGGACAUUGGCAGCAGCUCCGAUUAUAGCCAAUUCGAUUGUUCGAUAUCUAGACUCGAAAAAUAGUCGUGUUGGAAUUGAAUUGUCUGCCGGAGUUUGGAAAGAGUUAUGGCCGAUAGAGAGGAGGCGACAAAGGGAGUUCUUCUGUUUUGGUAUGGAUAUUCUGCUUAAACUUGAUUUACCAGGAACACGAAGGUUUUUUGACGCGUUUUUUGACCUAGAACGGGUGUAUUGGCAUGGAUUCUUGUCGUCUCGACUAUUUCUACCCGAGCUUAUUAUUUUCGGGUUAUCUCUUUUUGGUCAUGCCUCUAACUAUUCUAGGCUAGAAAUUUUGUCAAAAGGUACUUUACCAUUGAUAAAUAUGAUCAACAACUUAGUUAAAGAUAGGGAUUGAUGUAUAGAAUGUUUUAGGUCUUGUUCAUGUCAUAUGUGAUCAUACAUACAGGUCUUCUCUUUCAGCUUGUAGAUGUAAAAUAUAAAUCAUAGAUGAACCCUCCUGGCUGUAAGGCCUUCUUGCGACAUGUAUUCCUGCGUCAUAACUUUCUCGUCA